AUGGAGAAUUUAGAAGAGAAGCCGGAAGUCGACUUCGCGUCAAUGUCCAGUAAUAUUAUUUCAGAUUUCGCCCCAAUCUUGGCACUUUUCGGUGAGCAGGUCGCAAAGCAAUUCCUCAGCCAGUCAAUGGGGUGGGGUGACCAUAUCAUCUUCUCGAUGGCUCCAUUGGGGAUCAUAACGGCUGUUAUAUCGGCCAUCCGUAUUGGUGGGCCACAGUGGCUAAAAGCUAUCGUUGGCCGAGCGAGAGAGCAUCGUGCCGCUGCUGAGCUGGAACUCAUGUCAUCCACAUCGCAUGAAGUCUGCGAGUUGUGGAACGGACAGAACUUUGUGAGAACCCUGGGCGCGCCAGCUAUUCAGGAGCUUGUCCUUGUUAAGAGUUCAACUCCCGGGGACACAUUAGCGGAAGGAAGCGUGAUGUAUGAACUACACACGCUUGACAACGAAAUGAGCGAACAACAUUUUGAAGUGCAAGAUGUUCGACGCGUCCGGAGUGUUGUCGCCAAUCGCAAUGCAGAAGCGGAGAACAAUAUAGAGCUGAAUUCGAUCCCGGAAACGCAUGAUAUUGAGUCUACAGGCGAGACAUCAGGGGUGAGACAUCGAAGCACUGCGUCCACGAGACAACAUACCCAGAGUUCCGCAAGGCUUCGUGAUCUUCCCAUUAUUAGUGCACCAAAUAUAACCUUGAAUAUCAAUAAGCGAGUGCCCCAAGCUGAGAUCUAUUGCGUUGCUGUCUCCGCUGUUUCAUUACAGGUCGCUGUACUUGUAUACGCGUAUAAUUCAACUUAUAACGCCCGACUAAGAAGAUCUCUGCAAUUAGAAUGGAAUGCUGUCUGGGCCUGGUACUGUACCCUUAUCGGCACGGUGCUCUUGGUAACCGGGGUGCUGGCUUGCUGCCUCAUAAUCGAAAAGAGCACGGUAGAAAAAAGGUAUCGUCUGAAGAGCGGUGAGGGAAGGUUGUUAUGGCUCCAAAAAGGACAGACUGUCAGCGAUCAGGUCUUUAGCUCCAGUGCAAUCCUCGCCAAAGACUCGACGUCUACCAUCCUGACAUCCAGAAGAAACGAUGAUUUAAGUGAUUUGUUCCAUCCAACAUCAUAUGCGAUCAGGUAUGGAACAAUCGGAGCAGUCAUAUUAAGCAUCAGCGGUUUUAUCAUUCAAUUCAUGGGUUUGCGAGGUAUGCACUGGUCGGUCUCCGUUGCCCAAUUCGUAUCGACAGCAGUAAUGAGCGUCUUGAGGGCUGUACUUCGCCGAGGCCUAUCAGAUUGUCCAGAACACCAUCAACUCCCCAGGGAUCAUGAGAUUGAUUGGCUAUCCGUUCGAUUCUCCGAGAAAGAUGGUGGCUUGAGCCUUUGGGAUAGACAACCCACAGUAAAAGACCCGGAGCCUUCAAGGAGAUGGCUGAGAGCCUUGUUCCGGGUCAGUGCAAAACCAGUAUAUGCAGACGCAAUGGAUUCUCUUGGGCCACCGGGAGACCAACAAUUCAAGUGGAACAUGGUUAGUGAGGCAUUAAACAGCGGUUAUGACCUUCCUAACGCCCCUCUACCUGGCACCAAUAGAGCGCAGUUUGUGGUCAACUCUCGCGAGCGGCUUGGAUAUCUCACCCGAUGGCCGAGUGUGUACUCAGACCAGGCGACCUCACUUGUAGCCGGUAUAGAAUGUAUCAUGAACUUCCCCGGCUUGUACAAUGGAACCGAACCUUUUGUCUGGUGGAUGCGAGCAACUACUGGUGGAGGGACCUCGCCCGCGGCCGAGGUAAUCGAAUUUCGUAUCAAUCGGGUCGAGGACCGGUGGGUGGUAAAUCUUGGCCAAAUAGAGGCAGUAUUAUCGCUUUGGAUGUAUUCAGUAAAGCAGAGCGAGAGUAUCUUGGAUGAUGUAGGCGAUGCAUGGCUGCGUAGCGGUAAGGUAAAUAGGAAGCCUACGACCCGACUUCUCGGACGAAGCACACCAUUAUUACGACGAGAUCUCAGAUGGUGGAUGGGGAUGGACGCACAGAGUAUCAUGGACACAGAUAUGAGCGCGCAAAACUUAACAGGGCGAGAGCCUCUGGCAGUUCGUAUCAAGCAACAUGAAUAUCGAGUGGUUGGUUCUGCAGGAAGGGUCAUUGAGAACGAUGAGGUCCACAAAUACUUACCCAUGUCUUUUGUCGAUCGUGACGAGAUAAAAGAGGGUGAUCCGUGUCCAGGUUUUCUCUUUUCAUUCACUCAGUCUUCUUUGCAAUCAACCUUUGCACUUGAGAUAUUCACUGCCUUCAUAUGGGCCUUUGCUGCAUCACCUGGCUUAUGCCCAAUCGGUGUCGAAAGUGGGGCUGGUGGUCGAACAAAGUUGGAUGAAUACUCGCUGUCCCAGUCGAAAAUCUCACAAAUUAUGAAUUGGGACACGAUCAGACUUCAGAGCCCUACAUUAUCGAAUAUCAUAUCAGAACUCGAAAAAACUGGGUUGGGAAACUCCUCUCAGUUAUUCCUGAGUAUUGUCCCACCUUUGAGCCUGCAUCGAAAGCUUCCUGAUACAUAUAUCGUGGUUGAAAACAUACACCACAAGACUAAGGAUUUUCAGCGCCGCGGGCAAUGGGGAGAGGUAUUUAAUAUGUAUUACUGGCUUCUGCAUUGUUUCCUUGAGGUUCCCAACCAUACUAAAAUGCCUACUGGAAGUAAUGCUGGCUUGGAGGCAAGGUCAUGGGUCAUGGCCAUAGCAGUAUCAAUGGAAUUUCUCUGGAGCCUCGGAGAGGAAAUUCAAAAGCAUAAGAAUGAAAGCUUGGUGUUGGAUAACCAGUUAGUAAGAGACCACAAGCAUUUACGAGCUUUAUUAACGAACUCGAAAUUUCGCUCGUUGACUAAAGAAGUUCUCCUCGGGCUCGCAAACCUAUAUGAUAUACAAGAGCGGAAAAUAACAUGGGAACCACUACGUUCUUUCUACAACUCUCACCUACGGGACUCCCUCAUUCCGCGCGUCACUGACUUGCACCACAAAAUCAUCAAAGGAGAGUAUAAGGGUGAUCCCAUCGCUGAUGUGGAUCAAAAAGACGACCUAGGGUGGACUGCAUUACACUACAUGGCUAAGGAGGGUAGAGUCAAUAUCAUAUCGCAUCUUGUGGAAAACGGCCGCGAUUUAGCCCCGGGCGACCAUGCUGAUUGGAGGGCCAUCAAUCUCUUAGAUUGGGCGCAUAAAAUGGACAAACAAAAAUUCGAUGUGAACAUUCAAGGACGGGACGGAGUAUCGCCGCUACAUUGUGCAGGAAGAAGUAAUAAUAUUCAUAUGGCAACACAUCUGAUAAGGCUCGGGGCAAAUCUCGGCGCUCGGGAUAACAGUAGAAAAACACCUCUCCAUUGGUCGGCCUAUCACUGUUCAACAGAAACCUUCGAGCUCAUGUUGGCAUCCGGUGCUGAAUUCAGGUCCCCAGACGAAUAUGGGAGGACAUGUUUACAUCUUGCAGGGAUGGCAGGCUCUAUGGAAAUUGUUACUGCUUUGCUGAAGGUCAUGAAUGUCGCGGAGAUCAAUUUGAAGGAGAGAGGUGGGCGUACAGCACUAGUGAUGGCAUGUAUCUUUGGGCAUGAGAAUGUCCUAGAGACUCUCAGAGGGCACAGCAAUGAUAUCAUCCCUGAUGGAUUGCUCUAUGUGGCGAGUAAAAAAGGCCUUUCGAAUACUGUGAAGUCUCUGCUUCAGCAACCCACGAACAAAUCCCCAACGAGAGAGGAAUGCGAACGUUCACUUUAUAUAGCCAGUAAGCAUGGUCAUGUUGAGAUAGUUAGGUUGUUAUUGGAAAACAGAGAGGGUGUUGGAUCCGGUAUCACUAGUGGCGAUAGGAGUCCGCUAUUCGCGGCAAGCAAAUAUUAUCACCUGGAGACAAUAAAGUUGCUCCUCGGCGAAGGAUUUAGGAUGACCGGAGAUAGGAAGAAAUGGGAGAUGCUGUUGGCUGAGGAACCUAUGCGGGAGGAAAACGAGAUUGUCGAGUUACUUUCGAACAUGUUAAAUGAAGGUAACGAUGCACUUAGUGGAGGAUCGAAAUAUCAUAAUACCAUCUCUGAAUUAGAUGACUCCGACGAGUCAUCGCCAGAUUCUGACGGGGGAAGCUAG